AUGGAGCGGAUUCAUCAUAACAAGAUAUUGACGACCAUCACCUGGCUGCUGUCGAUCGUCGUCUCGGUCUACUAUACCAUCCAUUCGCCCCACGAGGGGGCCUGGCCUCGCCGGAAAAUAUGGCACCAGAACGAUGCGUAUCACACGGCGUUCCGGAUGAACCAUGUCAUCGCUAGCAUCUACUGGAUUGUACUGUUUAUUCUCCAGGCUGGCUACAUCGCCCACCUCUUCUCCGGCACCGUCGAGCGUGUAAACGAAGCAUGCUCGGUGGGAAGCCACUUCAUCGUGAACAACCUGUUUCACUUCGCCUUCGUGAUGCUCUUCGUGCACUCGCUGUUCGGCUGGGCCGAGUUGUUCAUCAUUCUCAACUUCAUCAAUCUAACUUCGCUGUACUUCCGCCACCCCGGGUACGCUCGCUUCAUCCACUACCCCGUAGUCUCGGGGCCGUUGGCGUGGACGUUCGUUGCGAUCUACUGGAACGGCGCUAUCAUGGUUCCUCACCCGGACUCGCUUGUUGCACGUAUUUUCGGUAACGUCUUUAUCUGGUCGAUCCUGGUGUACGGACUGUUUUACAUUGUUAUCUACAAGGAUUACACCAUGGGCUUUAACCUAAGCGUCCUAUCAGCGGCGAUUGGCGUCUCUCAGUUCCUGCGACAGGUUAUUGCGUUCCAGUGGAUAUUCGCCUUUAUCAUUAUGGCAAUUCUCUUUGUAGCGACUAUUGUAGUGGCUGUGCCUGCCGGGAGAAAUGCUAAAUUCGCGUCGGCGCGCAAUGGUGAUACCGAGCGAGCUCCGCUCCUUGGUGAGAAUUAA